AGAGAUGGAUGCUUCUCUGGGGAAGUUUCUUGGGAAGCAGGAGAACUAGAAAUAAACAUAAAGACAGCCACUGAUACAAGACAGUCUGAUCUCCAUCAGGUGAAUCAGUGGGCUGUGGAUUCUGGUGAGAUGUCUGAAGAGUACCUUGGGAAAAGAAGUUUAAAAAAAAAUUUUGAAUUGGUUGACUCCAGUCCUUGUCAGGAAAUUAUACAGAAUAAAAAAAGUUGUGUGGAAUAUAAGCAUGAUAAUGGAAUGAUGAAUUGUUAUACAAAUCCAAGUGCAGGCUUAACAGCUGAUGUUCAGAACCUGAAGCUAUCAACACACAGAAGUCAACAAAAUGACUAUGCUAAUAAGGAGAACAUUGUCACUGCUUUUAUUGAUAAACAACAAACACCAGAAAAAUUAUCUAUACCAAUGAUAGCAAAAAACCUCAUGUGUGAACUGGACAAAGAUUGUGAAAAGAAUAAGAAGGAACUCUUAAGUUCCAGUUUUCUAUGUUCUGAUGACGACAGAGCUUCUACAAGUAUGUGUAUGAACCCUGAUUCAUCUCUUCCUAAAAUUUAUAUAAUGGAAAAUUCAUUAGAAAGGCAAUCCUUAGAUCCAGAUAAAAGCAUUAAAGAAUCUUCUUUUGAAGAAUCAAAUAUUGAAGAUCCAAUUAAUGUAUCACCAAACUGCAAAGAAAAUACCUUACCAAAAGGUGUUGAGACCUCUGUUGUCCAAGACAGUAACCAAAAAAUGUUAGCUCCCUCUUUGGAAGUGUUGAAAAUGUUCACCUCUAAAAGAAAUGCUGUUGUUUUUCAAAGUUUUAACAGUCAUAUUAAUGCAUCCAAUAACUCAGAACCAUCCAAAAUGAACACUGCAUCUUUAGGUGCAAUGGACAUUUCAUGCGGUUGUAGUGGUUCAUAUCCCAUGGCUAUAACCCCUACCCAAAAAGGAAAAGUCUCUAUACUAUAUCAGCAGACUCCAAAUCAGAUCAAGUCAGGAACUCCAUAUCGAACUCCAAAGAGAGUGAGAAGAGGGGCAGCCCCAGUUGAUGAUGGGCGAAUUCUAGGAACCCCCGACUACCUCUUACCUGAGCUGUUACUAGGCAGGGCCCAUGGUCCUGCAGUAGACUCGUGGGCACUUGGAGUUUGCUUAUUUGAAUUUCUGACAGGAAUUUCUCCUUUCAAUGAUGAAACACCACAACAGGUGUUCCAGAAUAUUCUGAAACAAGAUAUUCCUUGGCCAGAAGGUAAAGAAAAGUUAUCUGAUAAUGCUCAAAGUGCAGUAGAAAUACUUUUAACCAUUGAUGAUACAAAGAGAGCUGGAACGAAAGAACUGAAACAUCACCCUCUCUUCAGCGACGUGGACUGGGAAAAUCUGCAGCAUCAAACUAUGCCUUUCAUACCCCAACCAGAGGAUGCAACAGAUAUAUCCUAUUUUGAAGCCAGGAAUAACGCUCAGCACCUGACUGUAUCUGGAUUUAGUCUAUAG